CUGAUAACCUCCAAGAUUCAAAAGUAAAAUUGAAAACAAUACAUUGAUAAUAAAGAUAUCAGUAGAUACAUUAAUAAGAUACUUUUAGAUAGGUACGUACACAAAAAAAUAAAAUCUUAAUUUUCUAGUAAACUUUGCGGUAAGUUUUGUUCAUAUUUUCAAACUAAUCACAAAGAUAUAAUCAUGGUUAAAUCGGAAGAUCCAUCUAUAGUUGUUGGGGAUGCGGCGGCCAGUAAGAAGGCAGCCAAAAAAGCUGCCAAAUCCGCUGAGAAACAACAAAAGAAAGCCGAGCAUAAGGCUUCAUCAGCUCAGCCAUCAACAGAAUCAGAGCCUGACUUCUCAGAAGGACUUUAUGGGAAUAUGAAAAUGAUCCAAUCGUCAGGGGAACAUCGUGACAGGGUUUACACGGAUGUUGAAAAUUUGAGUAUCAAAAUGGACGGUCAAACCGUUUGGGUUAGAGCUCGUUUGCAAACUUCUCGAGCUAAAGGCAAGCAGUGCUUUGCUGUGCUUAGGCAGACCUCGAGCACGGUUCAGCUGCUGGUUAGUGUUAAUGAGCAACGGAAGAUCAGCAAACAGAUGGUCAAAUUCACCGGCAACAUCACGAGAGAGUCGAUAGUCGACGUGGAGGCUUCGGUCGUGAGGACGGCGGCCCCAGUCGAGUCGUGCACCGUUAAGGACGUGGAACUGGUGGCUCAUCAGAUAUGGACAGUGUCGAGCGCCAGAUCCCAGCUUCCGCUGCAGAUCGAGGACGCGGCCAGACCGGAGAAGAGCGAUGAGCCGGAAGCCUUGAAGAUCCGCGUGAACCAGGACACCCGGCUCGACAAUCGGGUUUUGGAUCUGCGCACGCCGGCCAACCAGGCCGUAUUCAGGAUCGAGGCCGGGGUCUGCAGGCUCUUCAGGGAUAUCCUCACGAAGAAAGGCUUCGUCGAGAUCCACACGCCGAAGAUAAUAUCUGCCGCGUCCGAGGGCGGCGCUAACGUGUUCACCGUCUCCUACUUCAAGUCCUCGGCGUAUCUCGCGCAGAGCCCUCAGCUAUACAAGCAGAUGGCGAUCGCGGCGGACUUCGACAAGGUGUUCACGGUUGGGGCUGUGUUCAGAGCCGAAGACUCGAACACCCACCGUCACCUCACCGAGUUUGUGGGGCUCGACCUAGAGAUGUCCUUCAAGCAGCACUACCACGAGGUCCUGGACACCAUAGGGGCCACCUUCACGGAAAUGUUCCGGGGGCUAAGGGACCAGUUUGCCUCCGAGAUAGCGACUGUGGGUCAACAGUACCGGGUGGAACCCUUCAAAUUCUUGGAUCCUCCCCUGAAGCUGGAGUUUCCGCAGGCCGUCCAGAUGCUGAAGGAAGCUGGAGUGUCUGUUGGAGACGAGGACGACCUGUCCACUCCGGACGAGAAGCUCCUGGGCAGGCUGGUGCGGGCCAAGUACGACACGGACUUCUAUAUCCUGGACAAGUACCCGCUUGCGGUCAGACCCUUCUACACCAUGCCGGAUCCCGGGAACCCUAAAUAUUCAAAUUCGUACGACAUGUUCAUGCGCGGAGAGGAGAUACUUAGCGGCGCCCAGCGGAUCCACGACCCGGACCUCCUCGCCGAGCGCGCGCGUCUCCACGGCGUCGACACGAGCAAGAUAGCGGCCUACAUCGAGUCGUUCCGGCUGGGCUGCCCCCCGCACGCAGGUGGUGGCAUCGGCCUGGAGCGCGUCGUGAUGCUGUAUCUUGGUCUGGACAACAUCAGAAAGACCUCAAUGUUCCCGAGAGACCCGAAACGCGUCACGCCAUAAAUUUCAUAAUACAAAUGUCAUAUUGUAAGCGUAUCUGAAUAAAGCGUUAUCGAUUUUUUU